AUGAAGAUAUCGGCCGUCUUGCAUAUCGCCUUCGUACUGUAUCUCUUUUACAAGAGGGACGAGUUCGCUUCCGCUCAGUUCUUCGACGACGCGUCGAAGCACUUCCAGUACAUACAGAUGGACCUCGUGCACCGCGGGAGCUUCAACAACACGGACUGCUUGCGCGACCUUCUCAACUGUUGGGAGAUUAUUCAUGUACAUAUGUACAUUGUACUCGUACCUAUGUGUAAUGUAAAAGAAGUGUUCUGGUCUCUCAGGCCCGAUUACAUUUGUUCUCACUGGGUCAUAUACGAGUCGGUGUGCGGGCUCUCGCGCAAUGACUGCGCGGACAAAAGCGGAACUUACGAAAACAGAGACCACGUGCCGCUGUACGAGUCCUUCUGCAAGACAGAUCCUACGACG